AUGCAUGUUUUGAUGUCAACAUUUUUUUCCUUUAGGAUAAACCAUGAUGCAUCCCGGCUUCCAGCUGACAUCCCAGAGGCACAUUGUCUGUGCGCAGGUUGCAUCAAUCCUUUCACCAUGCAGGAGGACCGCACCAUGGUCAGCAUUCCAAUCUAUAGCAAAAUCCCUGUGCGACGGAUGCUGUGUGAGCCAAGUAAGUCUCACAGGAAGAAGAAAAGGUGCCACAAAGAGUAUAAAAUGGUUAUGGAGACCAUUGCGGUGGGCUGCACUUGCAUCUUCUGA